UCUGAUAUAGCUCGUGAACUUUUUUGUCGUUUUCCCUGGAAAAGUCUGCAGAUUUUUUCAGGCUCAAAUUUAGUUUUUUUUUGAGUUUUCACUUUGGUUUUUAAGUUUCCAAAUUGAAAGGAAGGCAAUUUUCACUAUUGAGCAAAAAGUGUAACGGUCAAGACAAACGUGAUCGACUUCUAGUUUCGAAAGCGGUUUAAUUUUCAGACUUCUCUGCGAUAUAAGUUAUCUAUUGAACCUGUUUUCUCACAAUGGGUUAUUCCUAUCAAAAACUUUUCAAUAAUAAUUUUUUUUGGUUUAAGUUUCUUAAAUUGAAUUUUAUUUUAUUGAAUUUUAUGUAGGUUUGAAAUCAAUUCAGUAUUUUGUGGUGCACUUGCCUUCAGUGACUCUUCUCCAACUAUCUGUUGGUUAUGUUGUUUGGAAUUUGGAAGCGGAUGUUUUAAAAACAUUUUCUGCUUCCUUGUUCAUUAACACUUCUCCGACUGUCUUGUAGCUGUUUUUUUUUGUUUUCUGUAGUUUUUCAAUUUUCGUUUUUUUUCAUCAAAUAUGCGCCGUUUUUCACUAAUGAAUAAGAAGCGUAGCUUUGCCUCUGUCAAUAUAACUUCCGAUGAACAUUACGAUUAAAUGCAUAGAUGAUUUUUUUAUGUUUGCAAAAGCAUCUGUGCACAAGUUUUAGGUACUAAUAGGAACUAUUUUUUGUCAUCAAUUUUGGCCGAUCAACACACAAAUUUAUCUAAAAGCACCUUGGGCACCGAUAUAAUUUUGAGAGCUGUGCGUCAAAAAUUUACCCAAAACAGCAUUUUCUUUUUGUGUUGCCUGCGGUGCUGAUAUUUUUGGCCAAUUGGGUCUAAUUGGCGUUUCAGGAGUGCUCAAAAACAUUUUCGGACGUCCUUAAAAAAGUUUCAGCGUCAUAUUCGGCCAAUAUCGAAAGUUGUCCAAGUUUUUGUCGAAAGUUUUUCAUUCUUAUCUUAGUCAGUAGGAUGCAGUGAAUGGAUCCUUGUCUUAACUGUUUUGAAAUUUCUGUUUUAAUUUUUUGCUAAAACUUGAAAAAUAUCUCAUUCAUCCCGUUUUUACAAAUAUUUUGUGUGCAGUCAAUUUUGUAUCAGUGUUUGUCCAGUUAAUUUUUGUUCCGCGUGAAUCUGGUAGAUAAUUUUGUUUCUCAAGUGCUAAGAAAUUCGACAUCGCCUUUGUAUUUAAUUGAAAGGGCUAUGUUUUUUUAGGAUUUGUGCAGUUAUAGAAUAUGUAAAUCAUUGUUGGAUUUUCCUUGAUUUAUAUAUAUUUUUUCAAAUAAGCUUGAUGUAAACUGAAAUAUUAUUUUACCGAUGGCUUGUCGAGUCCGGCGACUGAAACCAUAUCGAGACGAUGAUCACGUGACCAACGAACAAUAUGGCGAAGAGAACACAUAUUGCUACCAAGCGAAAGGCGGUUCCUGGGUUUACAUUCCUCAGUUCAUCAACCCAUACCAUAAUUUUCAAUUGAGAAAAGGAGCAAGUAUCGGUGAAUGUAAAACCGCAUUUCGUGACCUGGUUUCAACUCCUAACCGCCAAAAACGCAUGUUAGUUGCAUACUCUUGGCACAUGAUAACGAACGAAGUGCUUUAUUGCAUUGGAGAAAGGACAGUUUGUGACGUGUUCGAUUAUGCAAUUAGUGGUGACACAAAAAAAUCUGAAAGCUGAACUGGCAGAAUACCCAGGUGCACUAGAAUGCACAGAUACUUCUGGAUCUUCGUUGCUGUACAUCGCAGCCCGAAGUGGUUUUUACGACACAUGCGAAUUUCUACUAGAUAAAGGAGCCAAACCCGGAUUCACUUGUGGCUCCUCAGAGAGCACUCCUUUACAUGCGGCCGCCUAUUAUGGCCACGAUUUGGUUUGCAUGCUGCUUAUAUCCAGAGGCGCCAAAGUUGCUGCCAAGAAUAGAUUUGGGAAUACACCCGUUGACGAGGCCAAAACCGAUGAACUUAAACAGAAGUUACUAGAAUUGAAGAAAGGCGAUAUAAUUGCAUCUUUGACUCAGUCCGUACAGAAUGUGAACGCUGAAAAUAUAACUCAUAGGGGAAAAACUGUCGCUCGUAUUCUGAGGCUUCAGAAUAUAGAUAUACCCAAGAACUGGCUGCCAGCAUGGCAUGGAACCAAAUACAAUUAUUUGAAUUCGAUUCUGAAAAACGGAUUGCAACCAUCGGGAGCGGUUGUAGAUGGCACGGCAAUCAGACCCCCAAAGGGUCAUUACCAGCUGGGGUCAACUCACUUUGGAGUUAAUAACUGGGCGAGCGCUGUGUUCAUCUCUCCCAGUUUGAUAUACGCAGGCCAUCCGACGUAUUCUGAGCGAGUUGUUCUCGGCGGUACGCAAUGGUGCAUCAUAAUCUGUGUUUUGUGUCGACCGGGUUCGUUUGGAUCUUACCCGAGCACAAUUGUCCGCGAUGACCCUAUUGACGGGGAACCCGAAGACUCGGAAUGGCGAGUUGACAUGGAAGGCGAUGAUCUCAUUUGGAGGAUGGCGCAAGGUUCUACGAGUUCAAGUCUGGUGGUGACAGGGGUUGUUUUCAUCGACCUCAAAUUCUUCGACUCAAUUGGAAGCGACAGAAGUUUGACUUAUCGCGAGGCUUCCAAGUUGGUUCACACUAAUUACUCGCGAAAAUAAACUGCUUAUCUGGAUCGUUAGAUGAAAAGUGACAUGAAGUUGUAAAAUAGUGCUUUUAAGUACUGAGAUUUUUCUAUUCUAUGCUUUAUCAAAUAAUUUGAAUUUAAUUGAACGUUUUAUAUGGAUCCCACUAACUUCAAUUUUAGAUAAUGGGCUCUAAAUUUUAAAAACUUUUCGUUGAAAUAAAUAUGUAGAUUUUUUUGAGCCAAACAAUUCUUGAAACUGAAUGAAAAGAAGUGUAGUUAAACCUACGUGAACAUUCGUUCAUUGUGAUUUCAAAAAGGCUGCUGCUUUACCGAGCUAAAAUAAUUGUGAAAUUUUCUUGAAAUAUUUCUAUCCUUUUCCGAUUCUCUUAGCUAAAUUUAACAUAAUAUUAACUGAGAGGUGCU